AUGCCCUCCAAUUUUCUAAGCGAUCUAGAAACCAAGGAUGGUGACGCAGUGGAUGCCAGUCAAGUGCUAAAGAGCAAGACUGUGGCACUUUACUUCUCAUCGAGUUUUCUAAGCGAUCUAGAAACCAAGAAUGGUGACGCAGUGGAUGCCAGCCAAGUGUUAAAGAACAAGACUGUGGCUCUUUACUUCUCAUCAAGUUGGUGCCCAGCCUGUAAGACUUUUACGCCACUUUUGAGUGUCCUCCACGAGGAUGCACAAGAGGAGGGCUUGGAUUUUGAAGUGGUCUAUGUCAGCUCUGAUAACAGUGCAGAAGAGUGCAAUCAGUACAUGAAGGAGAAGCACGGAGACUGGCUUCGGGUCCCCUUUGACAAGACAGCAGAGUACAAAACUCAAUUCGGUGUCUUUGCUGGAAAGGAACAAUCAUUAUUUUCAUCUACAAAGCGAAGAUCAGGAAUCCCUACGUUGGUUAUUGUAAAUCAAGAAGGAAAGGAACUAGACAUUCUGGAUUGUGACGAUGCCGGUGUGAUCAAGGAGAUUGAAUCCAAGGCUACUGGUUUCCUGACACGAUGGGAUUCUAUGAAAUGGUAG